AUCCACGUUGAACAAUAACAGACCAAAACAUCGUACUUGUCUUUUCCUAGUACUUACUGUUCCUAUUUUGACCCUUAAUAUUUGUAGUAAUAAUCACCUUUCAAAUUUCCAUUACUACAAAAAAAAUGGGGAAGAGGAAGAACGCGGCAAACGCGGACGGUGGCGCCGCCGCCGCCAUGCCGCUUCCUCUUCCGCCGCUCCUCCGAACCCUACUGUCCUCCCUAUUCACCACCGCCUCUGAAAACUCCUUCCUCUUACCACCUCUUACGUACAAACUACUUCAAACCCUUCGUUUCAUAAUCCUCACGUUCUACCUUUUUCUCCUUCGUUUCAUUCCUUCUAUCUUCUUCGUUGACAAAUACGAAGACGCUGUUAAAUUCAACAACCAUAAGUUUUAUGAUAAUAAGUACUCACACGAUGCACGAAACGACACCGCUAUCGGACGCGCGCUUUCUCAGCUUCUGUCUGCGUUGAACGAUAUUCCGGUGAGUUCGAGAAAAUACGAAGUUGUUAGGUCGUUGACGGAGAAGAUUAUCGAUGAUAAUCAUCUUGAUGGUGUUCCUUCGUUGCGGGAGGUUAAUCGUGUGGCGUUGUCUGGUGCGUUUGGGAGGGCGUUGAGGCAGCUGGAAGGGAAGGUGGUUGAGAGAGAAGAAGAGGUUGAAGAUGGAGGGGAGUACUAUAGGGUGAUGAAGAGGAGGAUAUGGUGGGUGGUUAGGUUGGUGAGAUGGAGGAUGAGAGGAGGAGAGGGUGGUUUGGAUGGUGUUCCGGCGGAGAAGUUGGCGGCCGAGUUGGUUUGGAUGGUUAAGAAGAUGGUGGACUGUGGUUGUGUUGAUGAAGCUAUUCGGCGAUGGGCUGCCGCGUCUAAUUUGGGGUUUCUGGCCCUUUCUGCUGAUCCUCGUUUACAGACUUCGCUUGUCAAACUUACUGCAUUCCUAUUUAAAGAAGCUAAAGACUUUGGCGCGGACGAAAUUGAGGAAAGCAAGAUGAAGCAGUGCAUGCAGGUAAAGUUAAAGAUGUUACAGGUAUGGCUUCCGUUGUUAUGCAGGGCUAGUAAUGGUGUCGAUGCCCCAUCGUUGAGCAUCAAUGAGAGGACUGAAUUAGAGAGGGUAUUGGAAGGCAUUAUAGAGGGGUUUGAACAAGAGAAGCAAGAACAGGUUCUUUCUCUUUGGCUCCAUCAUUUUACACAUUGUUCGUCCUCUGAUUGGCCGAAUCUCCAUUCGUGUUAUGCUCGUUGGUGCUGUAAAUCUCGCAAGCAGUUGUUGCUUUUGAGUGAAAAUUGAUUUGUUUAUACACUUUGUUUUCAUGUAGAAUCAAUUACAGUUAUCCUAGUAGUUUUCGAAAGUUCUAUGCCA